AAAUGAUCAGUAGUCAUUCUUUUUCCCUGACGCUCCCUUUGCUCAUCGCUCCAGCUUAUGAUUGGACGCCGCGGCUAACGGACGCAGAAGCAACCAAUCCUGUCCAUCGUUGCUAACGGGCCCUCCCCCGUGGUCUACCCCUCAUAUUACGUCACGUCCAGCUCAUACGCACUGACUUCUGGAGGGGGGUCGCUAAUUGCGGUACGAAAAUAGUGGAAAAACAGAAUACACGCAGAGUUUUUCUGUGAGGCUGACGUCGCCGAGGUUGAAAUACGUCUGGAUACUAUUUGUUUUAAGGGAUCCUAAAGCCUAAAGAUGAACUUUGAGCAGCCCCCACCCUACCCAGGAAAUGGUCCAUCUGCUCCCGGCUACCCAGCCCAGGGCCCCCCUCCCCAAGGCUUCCCGGCUCAGGGCUACCCUCCACAGGGCUACCCCGUGAACAUGGAGCAGCCCAAUCCAGCUUACCCCAACUACCCUGCUGGACCAAUGGGCCCCGGAGGUCCUUAUCCAGGACAAGGACAGCCUGGUUAUGGAUACCCUGGACAACCACAGUUUGGCUGGCAAGGGGGACCCCCUCCUGGGCCUAUGUAUGGGGAGGCUCCCAAAAACACAGUGUAUGUGGUGGAGGACAGGAGGAGGGAUGACACAGGAGACACUUGCCUGACAGCCUGCUGGACCGCUUUGUGUUGCUGCUGUCUUUGGGACAUGCUCACAUAACGCCGUUGCCCUGCUGUUCCCCCCCCCCCCCCUACUACCGCUCUCGCCCCCAUUUCAAUGCCUUGAAGACGUCACCCCUGUACCUCAUCUGCCUUAAACCUCGCACCGCCCUACAACCCGCCCCCCUCCCUCCCUUACCUCCGUAGAUAUUGCACUCCGUAAAUAAGUCUUGAUUCCACUCACUCUACCUUGAUGUGAAGCCCUCGGUGCAAAACUGACAGUCCUGUCCAGGAGUUUCUGUGUAGCAGCUUGUAACCGAGCUGAAACCGAGGUCGCUUCUCACCGACACACAACAAGUGCAGACGCGCACACAUGAAGGUAGAGGCACAAUAUUCAUAUAGUACAUACAGUAUAUGUGGAUCUCAGGCUCAUCUAGUGUGAUGCUCUUUGGCACUUUACAAUGAUUACCUCUGUAAACUACUCCUGCCUGCCUGUUGAACCGUCUCCAGCCCUCCCUAAGCCCUCUUCAGCUAUGUUAUCUUCAAUGCCCAAGGACUUCAUUACUCCUUAUUCUGGGCUCUGCUCCCUAAGUUCACCAAGACCCAGGCUACUAAUGAGCCUGAUCUUAAGAAUCUGAAGCUUGAAAUGUAUCACUUUCAUUUUCACACUAUACUUUUUUUGCAAAUGUUUGUCUUUGGAUGAAAUUUUAAACUAAAUUAUUAAAAAGUGUUGUUAAAGACAUUGAUUUAGGUUUAAUUUCUGUUAACAUUCGAUGGCUGCAAUGUUUAGUUUUUUUUUUUCUUACACUGACAUGAUAAACUAAUCUAAUAUUGUUUUUAUUACGUACCUUUGAAUUAAACUGAGAAUGGGGAGAAAAAAAAAGCUGUGAUUGCCUAACUGGAAAAAAAAGACAGUAACGUUUAGAGGCCUUUUUGCUUUGGAUGAGAUUCUUGCAUUAAAAUAAUUUAUUGCCAUAAUGAAAACGUUGUCAUUUCCAGUUA